UCUCGGGGCAGAGACAUGGCCCGGGGCCCCGGCCAGCUAGGUGGGCCUCGUCCGGACACUGUCAUCAUGCCCAAGAGAGGAAAGCGGCUCAAGUUCCGGGCCCACGACGCCUGCUCGGGCCGAGUGACCGUGGCGGACUAUGCCAACUCGGAUCCGGCGGUGGUCAGGUCUGGUCGGGUCAAGAAAGCCGUGGCCAACGCUGUUCAACAGGAAGUAAAAUCUCUUUGUGGCUUGGAAGUGUCCCAGGUUCCUGCGGAGGAGGCUCUCUCCGGGGUGGGUGAGCCCUGUGACAUCCUGGACAGCAAUGAUGAGAUGGACGCCCAGGAGGAAAGCACUCAGGAAAGAUCAGGCUCCAGAAAAAAGAAAAGCAAGAGACACAAAGAAGACAGUGAAGAUGAAAUAGAUGAUCAUAAAAAUGUACACCAGCAACGGCAGGCAGCAUCUAAAGCAGCUUCUAAGCAGAGAGAGAUGCUCUUGGAAGAUGUUGGCAGUGAGGAAGAGCCAGAAGAAGAUGAUGAGGCGCCAUUCCAGGAGAAAGAUUCUGGCAGCGAUGAAGAUUUCCUAAUGGAAGACGACGAUGAUAGUGAUUAUGGCAGUUCAAAAAAGAAAAACAAAAAGAUGGUUAAGAAGUCCAAACCUGAGAGAAAAGAAAAGAAAAUGCCCAAACCCAGACUAAAGGCUACAGUGACACCGAGUCCAGAGAAAGGCAAAGGGAAAGUGGGUCGCCCCACAGCAUCAAAGACAUCGAGGGAGAAAACUCCUUCUCCCAAAGAAGAGGAUGAGGAAGCAGAAAGCCCUCCAGAAAAGAAGACGUCUGCGAGCCCCCCACUCGAGAAGUCUGGGGACGAAGGCUCUGAAGAUGAAGCCGCUUCCGGGGAAGAUUAAAAGUGAUAUUUGGGGGA